CAGGGGCACCCCCAAAGCAUGUGAGCUUUUGCCGUGCACUUUAAAGAGCGUCCUUUCUGCUGUGUCAAGGUGUGGAGAAUAUCAAGAGCGUCAGUCCAUGGAUUUAUUAGCUUUAAAACAGCGACAUUAUUGCUGGCAGUCUUGAAGCAUGGGUGACUGGAGUUUUCUGGGGCGUCUGUUGGAGAACGCCCAGGAGCACUCGACGGUGAUCGGCAAGGUGUGGCUGACUGUUUUGUUCAUCUUCCGGAUCCUGGUGCUGGGCGCCGCCGCCGAGGAGGUGUGGGGGGACGAGCAGUCCGACUUCACCUGCAACACGCAGCAACCCGGUUGCGAGAACGUGUGCUACGAUCAGGCCUUCCCCAUCUCGCACAUCCGCUUCUGGGUCCUGCAGAUCAUCUUCGUGUCCACACCCACGCUCAUCUACCUGGGACACGUGCUGCAUAUUGUGCGCAUGGAGGAGAAGCGCAAGGAAAAGGAGGACGAACUGCAAAAAGCCAACAGAUUCCAGGAAGAGGAGAAGGAGCUGCUGUACAGGAGUGGCGAUAGCAGUGGGGGACGUCGAAGCAAAAAGCCCAAGCCCCCCAUCCGGGACGAGCACGGCAAAAUCCGCAUCCGAGGAGCUCUGCUGCGCACCUAUGUCUUCAACAUCAUCUUCAAGACUCUCUUUGAGGUGGGCUUCAUCCUGGGCCAGUAUUUCCUGUACGGGUUCCAGCUGCAGCCCUUGUACAAGUGCGCCCGCUGGCCCUGCCCCAACAAGGUGGACUGCUUCAUCUCGCGGCCCACGGAGAAGACCAUCUUCAUCAUCUUCAUGCUGGUGGUGGCUUGCGUUUCGCUUUUCCUCAACCUGCUGGAGAUCUACCACCUGGGUUGGAAGAAGCUCAAGCAGGGCAUGACCAACCCUGUCUCGCAGGAGCAAGAGUCCGCGCGACGCUCCGCCCGUACCGACGCCCGUGAGCCGCAGUGCUCGACCCCCGGGACCGGGGGCAAGUACACGGACGUAACGGCCGGCAGCGGGGCCUUCCUGCCCCGGCCGGAGUUUAAGGUGGACAACUUGCAGCAGGAGGAGGCCCUCCGUCAACACGCGCCCGUCGCCCACUACUACAUCAGCAACAACAACAACCAUCAGCUGGCCGCCCAGCAGAACUGGGUCAACCUGGCCACGGAGCAGCAAACUCGGGAGUUGAAAGCAACGUCCCCCACGCACACGUCUUCCUCCUCCUCCUCUUCCUCAUCCAACCAGCCACCCGUGGUGGACGCCGCCCACAGUGCCACCCCGAGUACCAGUCCGAGUACCCGCAGCAGCCCGGGCUCCGAGAUCAACGAGUCUGAUAAGUGCCACUUCACCACCACCACCACCACGGUGGAAAUGCACAAGCCCCCCGUGACCACCACACCGGACCCUCGGCGAUUGAGUAGGGCCAGCAAGAGCAGCAGCGUCCGGGCCAGAGCCAACGACUUAGCGGUAUGAGCCCCGCUCCGGGCCUCCCUAACCCGGAAAGCGACACUUCCUGACGGCAAAAUGAUACCAAAAGGUGGCAUAUAUCUUUCCGUUUCGCACGUAACCCACCUAGGAGGGACAUUCGUGUGGCUUUGAUACUACUAAGUUGGACUUUGAGCCUUCCAAGCAGAGCCCAGGGAAGCGGGUACAUUGACAAGUUAGUGAGCUUUCACACAACUAAGUUUCGGGUGUUAAAUGUUACACCUCGGUCCCCUGACCCCUUUGCGCACCGCUGCUGUUUCACUUGUGAUACUACUUUUUAAACGCUCCGAGACAGUGACGACCCGGGAAAAGCCAGCUUUGCCGCCAAGUGUGAAAGGGGCUGAGGACUCUUUCGGGGAAGAUCUAGUUUUGUUUUGUUUUCUUCUUCUAGCUGCACUGAAUGGACUCCUGUGGGUGCCCGGUUUUAAAUCGGUACCCACAAUGCACUGCAGCACCCGCCCCCUGAACAGAGCAACGGGCUGGCCCUGAGGGAGUCUCAAACCGCUAACAUGGCACUUGACACAAAAUGAAACAUAUUAUUGAAUUCUACACAAAACAAGACUUGUCAUUUUGUAAGUAACAUACUUUGACUUUUCCAAACACAUCCAAUGAAGUUGGCUUCACUCACAAAGUACAACAAAAACCAAAGAUGUCAUUCAAACACUUUCACCAAAGUGCUGUCUUCAGGGCCUUUUACCAAAAAGAUGCAAUUUCUUAUUUUUACGCAGCAAAAAUGAGAAAAACAUUCUGACAGUAUUUUGCAUUUUUCCCCCCCCAGUUUACAUUUUAGUAGUUGAUUUGCACAUGUAGGAAACAAAAUCUAACAUUGCUAGAACGAGAGAGCGUCCUCUAAGGAACAUAAAAUCUUUUUAAAAAUGUCUUAACAUCUGCUCACAGCAGAGGCAGAGUUUUAAAGAAAUUUGAAAAACCAAACAAAAAGUUAUUCAUUUUAUGACGACAAAAGUAGAAUGUCAGUUUGUGCGUGUUCACGUGUGUGCGCGCGCGCGUGUGUGAAUGAUCCUUUUGUAAAGUUGAUGUAAAUGUUCAUUUACCUCAAAUGUUUACAAAAACUGUUACUAAAUAAAACUUUUUUG